AUGGUAUCUGCGGUCGAGUAUAUCUGCACACUGCUGCUGGUGGUGACCGUUUCCCUGCGGUUAGAUGGCGCCGGUGGUGCACCAAUGAGAGGAGGAGUUGGUGAUGGAGGUGGAGGCUCGGAAGGGUGUCAACGGAGUGGGACAGAGUUGCGGGAGUGUGUCAGCACGUCGAUCCAGCAGUUUGUCAACUACAUGUCCAGCGGGAAGAUCUCUCCCAGGCACACAAUCACACCGUUCGAUCCGUUGUAUCUGCCAAACAUGACCAUCUUCCAGGAAAGGCAGGUUAAGGCCGUGUACGUGAACCGAUAUCUAGUCGGGUUGAAGAACGCAUUCAUCCAGGAUGUGAGAAUGGAUGUAGACAAGCUAGAAUUCAACGUGACAACUCUGAUGCCGGCCCUGGAAAUGUUGGGCCUCUUCUCUACAGAAUCAAUCCAAUCUCAUCAAGUGACGGAAAACUCUAUUCUUACCUUCUCUAUCCGUAACACAAUAGUAGAGUUUGUUGCCAAAGGUACACUCUACAGUAUGACCGACGGUAGUGGAACGUCCAGCAACAAACACCUACGGCUACAGUUCGGCAUCAACCAGAUGUCGAUCGGCAGCUACGUGCUCAGUGAACAUCUAGACAACGUGCGUCACCUCGGACCGGACCGGGGCAGAUCGGUUGCACCCGCCAAAUUUAUGCGCCUGAUCGAGAAGGACCUUCGGAUGCAGUUGGCGAAACGAUUACAGUACAUCGCGAACGAGGCACUAGCGUUGACACCGUUUGUCAAACUCUUCCCCAUCUGACUUGGGUGAUACUUGGGU